AUUGCGCGCUAGUCAACUCGCGUAUAUCGCGAGAACUGCGCUGCAUGUGUAAGGUGCGCGUCUAUCCCCGAUGGUAUCGUCGCAUGUGUGCGCGAACAGCUGUUUUUCAGGACGAUUUUCUCGAGCGGCUGGCGACAUCUCUAGCCUCGAGCGCGAAGCCAUAAUACCGCUCUAAUAAUAUUUUGUAAACAAAUGCUUGUUAACCUCUAAAUGGUGAGGGUCUUGCAAUUCUGCGCUUUUGCGUAUUGUUAUACAGACGGCACAGCUGAUUAGAUCGUCGCGGGUGACUGGCGCAGCUCCUGAAAUGGAAUGUUUGCGACAUUCCCGGCGGUGUAGUGCAAGAUAGUAUAGUCGCUGUUCGCACACAAAGUAUCUUUUGUUCGCGGUGCACGUGACUGAAGCAUAAUGAAUAACGUGCUUACUUCGCCAAUUAGGAGGCUGAGCCAGAAGAUAGCCGCCGGCGAGAUUCGUCCUUCGGAGUUGGCUAAAGCGGCGUUAAAAGCGACUUCUGUUGUCAAGCCGCUGAAUGCGUUUAUCACUGUGACCAGUGAGCUGGCCAAGCAGCAGGCACAAGAGUCCGAUGAGAGGCAGAAGAAAAACGCUCUUCUGGGAGAGCUCGACGGUGUUCCCAUUGCAGUCAAGGACAAUUUCUGCACAAAGGAUCAGCCGACCACCUGUGCCUCCCGCAUGCUCGCGGAUUUUGUACCAGGCUACGAUGCUACGGUUUAUAAAAAGCUGAAAGAUGCUGGUGCCGUUCUGAUUGGAAAAACCAACUUGGAUCAGUUUGCCAUGGGGGCAGGGACUGUGGAUUCGUACUACGGCCCCUCAAAAAACUUGUGGGGCUCAGAGCUCAUGAAAAACUACUUCCUCGAUGACUAUUUCCACGACCAGGAGAUGCAGUACGACGAUGAAGCUCUGUCCAAGACAGAGAAUUGGCACAUAGCAGGAGGCAGCAGUGGGGGAUCUGCAAUAGCUGUUUCCACGGGCACAUGCUUUGCUGCCCUUGGCUCUGACUCAGGUGGUUCCACGCGCAAUCCAGCAUCCUACUGUGGCAUUGUUGGUCUAAAGCCAACAUACGGAUUAGUAUCUCGUCAUGGGCUUAUACCCCUGGUCAAUUCCAUGGAUGUUCCUGGAAUCCUCACAAGGACCGUGGACGAUGCCAUCACCGUACUCAAUGCAAUAGCUGGGCCAGAUGAGUCCGAUUCGACAAGCAUCAAGGAUCCCUACAUCCCUUUUGCACUGCCAUCCCCUGUAGACGUGAGCGGGCUCAGGAUAGGCCUGCCAAAAGAGUACAGGUGUUCCGCACUCUCAGAGGAGGUGGACUCCAACUGGUCGGAAGUGAGUCAGCUUCUGCAAGAAGCAGGAGCCAGAGUCUUCCCAGUGUCCAUGCCACACACAGAGUACUCCAUUGUCUGCUACUCCGUCCUGAACCAAUGCGAGGUAGCCAGCAACAUGGCUCGCUACGACGGCCUGGAGUACGGAUACAGGGCGGACGAGAACUCCUCGACGGAGGAGCUCUAUGCACAAUCCAGAAGCAAGGGCUUCAACGACGUCGUGCGAAGUCGGAUCCUCGCGGGCAAUUACUUCCUGCUCACGGAAAAUUACGAAGAUUACUUCGUCAGAGCGAUGAAAGUGAGAUCGUUGAUAGCCGAAGACUUUGAGAAGGUCUGGCACGACGGGAUAGACGUGAUCCUCACGCCCACCACUCUGAGCGAUGCGCCCAGGUAUCACGACUUUAUCAGCGCCGACAAUCAGAGCCAGUGCUCUGUCCAGGACUUUUGCACUCAGCCGGCGAACAUGGCAGGUGUACCGGCUGUAAGCAUUCCCAUAAAGCUAUCAAAGAAGGGCAUGCCUUUAUCUCUGCAGUUGAUGGCUCCUAAACUCUGCGAAGAAAGGCUGCUGGGUGUAGCCAAAUGGAUCGAGGACGUCGUUAAAUUUCCCAGACUCGUUAUCAAGCCCGAGUGUUUGAAGGACUAAUUAAGUUAUUAUCUUUUCAUGUACAAUACUGACAGCGAUGUUUUUUCUUUGUAAAUAAAAAUUUUAUAUCCUCACUGUUA